UCAGGAAGGCAGGGGAAGUGCGAGUGGUGUUCGUCCGCUCGAGAAAUUCUCUCACUGAAACGCUGCACUCGUUUCGUCUGGCGCCUGUCAGAGCGUUCAACUUGCCUCACGAGAUAUUCUUCUUUGAAUGAGUUGUUUGGAUUGUAUUUUAUUCAACAAAGGCAUUUGAAGUCAUUGACGAGGACUAUAUGAAACGAGCUUAACUUCAUUUGUUGAUGAUAGUGAUUGGCAGUGUUUGAUAAGGGAGAUUUACUAGCCGAACGCAGUGAUAUUGUCUCGACGGAUGUAGGACAUAAUCACUUGCCUUUUUACGUGUACUGAAGGAGAUAUCGUCGAUUUCAGUUGUUCUUUCACACUUCGAAGCUUAAGUGACGGACACCUUAUCCACUCGAGAGCGAAGAUGACGUUUCUCUCCUACCGAGCCACUUGGUUUCUGCCGAUAGCUCUCCUUCGUCUCCUCCUGACGACCGUCAUAAGAGAUGUCGGGGAAUACAGGUACGACCAGUCUGAUAAACUGGAGUCGUACUAUGAUUUCAUAGUAGUGGGAGCUGGCUCUGCAGGGGCCGCCCUUGCAAGCAGACUGUCGGAGGUGGAGGGUUGGAGAGUCCUCCUGUUGGAAGCAGGGGGCGAACCUCCCCCCGAGAGCCACAUACCAGCUUUGUACCCACUGCUGCAGCAGGGUUCUGCUGACUGGGGCUAUUACAUCACCAGGCAAAAAGCCGGCCUUUUCGGCUUUAAAGAACAGCGAAUCCCUUUCCCCCGAGGCAAAGUCGUUGGCGGAAGUUCAACCAUCAACUACAUGAUGUACGUCCGCGGGAACAGAAGGGACUUCGACAAUUGGGCUGCUCUAGGAAAUCCCGGUUGGGACUACGCUUCCGUUCUUCCGUAUUUUAUCAAAGCCGAAGACUACCGUGGCACUCGUCACGUACAACACACAGCAAAUUAUCAUGGGUUUGGUGGACCCCUCACAGUGGAUGAUAAAAAGUGGUAUGCACCCAUCUUACAUGGAUUUUUGGCUGCUGGUGAGAUGCUGGGAUACAAAAUUAUCGACGCCAACGGCCCCGAACAAAUAGGAUUUAGCGUCCCGGAGAUGACAAUUCGAGACGGAUGGCGGUGGUCUACUGCCGAGGCAUACUUGAGACCGGCAGGCCAUAGGGAAAAUCUUCACGUUGUUCUCAAUGCUCACGUGUACAAUGUCAUAUUCAACGAGCAUAAACAAGCAAUUGGCGUUCGCUUCGAACAUCAACGCAAGACUCUUGUUGCCAUCGCAAAACAUGAGGUCAUUCUUUCGGGAGGGGCAGUAGGAUCUCCGCACAUGCUCAUGUUAUCCGGAGUAGGCCCGGCCAAACACCUGCAGGAGUAUGGAAUUCCUGUCAUAGCUGAUGUACCGGGUGUUGGCCAGAACUUCCAAGACCACGUGUCCAUCUUUGGCCUUACCUGGACAACAGAUCCCGGUCACUCCAUCAACAUCUUAAAAUUUGCAAGUCCAUCUGCUAUCAGGGAUUACAUUUUCGACAGGGAAGGGCCUUUUGCAUCACCUAUUGGCAUUGAAGCCCAUGCCUGGAUUGAAUCUGACGAAGGAGAUCCUUACUGGCCAGAACUUCAGUUUCUAUUCAUAGCAGGAACUGCUACACUAGACAAAGGCCUUGGUAUCCCAGAAAUCAUUGGUUAUGACAAAAAGUUCUUCCAUAAAUAUUUCAAGCCCAUAUUUGACAAAGAAGGCUUCAGCAUUGCACCAAUGUUAACAAGAGCAAAAAGCAGAGGUUCUGUAACACUCCAGUCUAGAGACCCAAAGAUGGCCCCACUUAUUGACCCUAAUUACUUAAGUCAUCCGAAAGAUGUAGAGAACUUGGUUAAAGGAAUCAAGUUUGCAUUGAAAGUAGGAGGAUCACCCGCAAUGGAAAAGUAUGGUGCAAGGUUCCAUGAUAAGACGUUACCAGGAUGUGAGAGAGAAGCAAAAGACUCUGAUGCAUAUUGGGAAUGUGUGGUACGGCAUCUAUCAGCCACCACAUACCACAUAGCAGGAUCUUGUAAGAUGGCUCCCCCUUCAGAUCCUUAUGGAGUUGUUGAUAACACCCUCAAAGUUCGUGGAGUUUCACGGCUAAGGGUUGUUGAUGCAUCCAUCAUGCCUAUUGUUGUCUCAGCAAACACAAAUGCUGCAACAAUCAUGAUUGGAGAGAGAGCAGCAGACCUUAUCAAGUUAGAAUAUGGUGUGAAUAGAUAAUAAAAAACAAAAUAGGAUCUUUACAAUUGAUUAGUGUAGGUUUAGGUUGUAAGCUAAAUUUAGCAAAGUUGCCAUCACGAGAUAUCUUAAUGUAACUCCUUUUUGAAAUGCAAUUUAGGACAUUGCCUGAAUACUAUUAUUAAAACAAUGCAAUUCACUUUAAUAUUAAAAAAGUACAAUUCAAAUAUUAAAAUAAUAAUUACACAUUAUGAAUAGUGAGGAGUUUUCAUGAAAUUAUAAGGGUGUAUGUAUACAUGCAAAAAUGUAUGCAUUCUAAAAUGCUGACAUUCAGCAAGAAAUCUUUUGUGACACAGUAUUCAAACUUGUGUGAGGCAAACAUUGCUGGAUGACCAACUUAAUCUACCAUAAUCACAUACAGUACUAUACAAAUGUUACACUUAUAAAGUAAUUUUCUGGAAAAAUAAGUGGAGACAAGAAAUUGCCUAUCACAUACUUCUAAAAUUCUAGAAU